AUGAAUCGUAUAUUUGGAUAUGGUGGUCGUAAGACCCACGACCAGCUUUUACAGGACUCCAAUAAGGCCAUGAACGAAGCACAACAGUCGAUGCAAGAACGAAUUUCCGGUCUAGACACUCAAAUAUCACAAUUGAACGCUCAGCUACAAACCAUCCAACGCAAAAUAUCAGGGAUAAGCUCUGCAAGUGGCCAGAGGCCAUUGCGUCAGCGUGCUUUGAAGCUUCUUAACAAGCGGAAACAACUAGAGUCUAUGAGGGACUCACUAGAUGCCCAAUCGUGGUCGAUGAACCAGGCUCAAAUGACAAGUGAUAACCUCAGAAACACCAUGGUGACGGUUAACGCACUGAAACAAACGAAUAAGGCCCUUAAGGCACAAUACGGCAAGAUUAACGUCGAUAAACUGCAAGACAUGCAGGACGAAAUGCUGGAUUUGGUAGAGCAAGGAGAAGAACUGCAACAAGUACUUGCAAUGGGCAGUGGGGCUCAAGAUAUCGAUGACAUCAGCGAAACGGAGCUCGAUGCAGAACUGGAAGCCCUGGGCGAAGACCCCAUGUUCCAGAAUGAUCUGGCAGGCUUGGAAAGCGAAAAUGGAGGUGAGGUUCCGUCUUACCUUACCGGUACAAUUCCUCAUUUUGUAGAUGAGGAACCCGCCAAAGAACUGCCUGGAAAUUUGGAGACUGCCACGUAG